AUGGAAAAUCAGAGAAAAACGUGCUUCGGGUGCCUUCAACGCCGAAUUGAAGAUGAUUUCAAUGGCAAACUAACCUUCCUUUAUGGCCUAUCCAAUUCCCCUCUCCCUUUCGGCUCAUCCGCCGUCGUUCAGAUGUCCAGUUCCAGUGGAGCGGCUUCACCACGAUUCACAUUGAAUUAUAUGCCUUAUUGCAAAGAUGAUUGCUUGGCUAAAUACAUUGACGAGCGUUGUCCAAAAGAAACUGGAGGUGGUAUUGGCUGUACAAGAGAUCAAAGGUUGCUGGAAUUAAAGCAAGACCAUGCAGAGGUCAGUGUUGGAAUUUCCGGUGAAAAAUCUACUUCAUUAGAUUCUGAAUCUCAGUAUAUCUCUAAUGAUGGCAGAAAUAUAUUCCUUUUUGGGCCAGGAUGUGAAAUUUCAACUUGUAGAUUCUCCAGUUGUUUUAAUUGCUCAAGGACAAUUACUUCAUUGACUCCAACUGCUCAGAUUGGCAAUGCUUCCUAUGAAUUAUUUGAAGAGCUAGCUUCAGUUUUUGUAUCUGGCUCAGUUGAAGAUCACAUUUUGCAUUCACUUAGUCUCCUAAUAGAAGGAAAGGCUGCCGGACGAGAUGGCGUAAACUUUCUUAGUUUGGUUGGGUUACCAUCAUUUGAGGAGAACGGUUUUCCUGGAUGCAUAAGACACCCAAACAUUAUUCCUAUUUUAGGAAUGCUAAAGUUACGUAGUCAAAUUAUUUUAGCACUCCCAAAGACUCCAUAUACCCUGGAAAACAUUUUACACUAUAGCCCUGGUGCUGUAGAGUCUGACUGGCAUGUGAAAAUUUUAAUCUACCAGAUACUUUCUGCUCUGGCUUACAUGCAUGGAUUGGGGGUUGCUCAUGGUAAUCUAUGCCCAUCCAACAUAUUGUUGACUGAAUCUUCUUGGUGUUGGCUACAAUUUGGUGAGAAACAGCUGCUAAACUCCAAGGUGAAUCCAACAAGUGAAGAAUACUAUUAUCCUUCCAAUGGUGGUGUUUGUUUCGAAGGAUGCUCUUCUUAUGGACUUUUUGCUGAUUUAAAGCUCUCUGAAACUAUGGAUUGGCAUUCUAGUUUCGAUAGCUGGUGGAAGGGAGAGUUGAGUAAUUUUGAAUAUCUGCUCAUUUUGAACAGAUUAGCAGGGAGAAGGUGGGGUGACCACACAUUUUAUACUGUCAUGCCCUGGGUUGUAGAUUUUAGUGUGAAACCUGAUGAAAAUAGUGAUGCUGGGUGGAGAGAUCUAAGCAAGAGCAAGUGGCGCUUGGCAAAAGGUGAUGAACAGUUAGACUUUACUUACUCAACAUCUGAAAUUCCACAUCAUGUGUCAGAUGAAUGCCUCUCAGAACUGGCUGUUUGCAGUUAUAAAGCUAGAAGAUUGCCUUUGAGUGUAUUGCGAAUAGCUGUUCGUUCAGUUUAUGAACCAAAUGAGUAUCCUUCUAACAUGCAAAGAUUAUAUCAAUGGACCCCUGAUGAGUGCAUUCCUGAAUUUUAUUGUGAUCCACGCAUAUUUUAUUCACUGCAUUCUGGCAUGCCCGAUUUGGCUGUACCUUCAUGGGCGGGCACUCCAGAAGAGUUCGUUAAGUUGCACAGAGAUGCUCUAGAAAGCAACCGUGUUUCACGCCUAAUACAUCAUUGGAUUGAUGUUACCUUUGGCUAUAAAAUGUCAGGUCAGGCUGCUAUUGCUGCCAAGAAUGUAAUGUUGCCCACAUCAGCUUCCACAAUGCGCAGGUCAACAGGACGCCGUCAACUCUUUACUCGACCUCACCCUCCACGUAGAACUAUUACCAGGGGAACUCGUGAGCAAAACAAUAGUUUAGCUAAAUUAAACAAUCUUGUGGGUGUGCAAGCUCUGCCUAUUGAAACCAAUAUACAUGAAUUGGAAGAAGCAGCAUCAUUUUGUGAGAAUUCAUGGCAUUUGAGUCCUCUCCACAAUGUUUAUUCAAAUGAGUGUUUGAAAGGUGUCUCCUCAAUGGAAGAUCAUUUUAGGCACAGUUCUGUAAAGAUUGAAUCUAGAGAGCCUAAUCAAAGAAUUCAUGGAGGGAGCUCAACUAUUGAUGUAAAUUUUCUUCUUGAAAAUGUCGAGUUGGAUGAUCACAAUUCUAUGGGAUAUCAAGAACUAUUUCUCUGGAGGCAAACAGCUUCCUGCUCAAAGAUUUCUUCCAAACACAUUGCAGAUGAUAUAUUUGCUGUUGGGUGUAUUUUAGCUGAACUUCAGUUGAGGAAGCCAGUUUUUGAUCCAAACUCAUUACAUUUGUACUUGGAAAGUGGUCUCUUACCAAGAUCCAUGCAAGAACUCCCCCAUCAUACACAAAUCUUUGUUGAAGCCUGCAUUCAGAGGGAAUGGAAUAGGAGGCCUUCUGCUCAGUGCCUUUUGGAAUCUCCAUACUUCCCACAAUCAGUCAAGUCGUCAUACUUGUUUUUGGCCCCAUUUCACCUUCUGGCAAAAGAUGAAUCCCGCCUUCGUUAUGCUGCAACUUUUGCAAAACAAGGAGCUUUCAAAGCAAUGGGCACAUUUGGUACGGAAAUGUGUGCUCCUUAUUGCUUACCACUUGUACUGACUCCCAUCUCAGAUACCGAAGCUGAAUGGGCUUAUAUAUUGCUUACUGAAUUCCUAAAGUGUCUAAAUCUAGAAGCAGUGAAAAAACUUAUUGUACCAUCUAUUCAGAAAAUUCUACAGGCUACAGUCUGUUCACGUUUGAAGGUUUCUCUUCUUCAAGGCUCGUUUAUGCAGGAGAUAUGGAACCGCAUAGGUAAACAAGCAUAUCUGGAGACAAUACAUCCGCUUAUAAUAUCAAACCUAUGUGUUGCUCCUCAUAAGAGUUCAGCUGCUGCUGCCGCUGUCCUACUGAUUGGAUCAAGUGAAGAACUUGGUGUACCAAUUACAGUUUAUCAGACAAUUUUGCCUCUGAUACUCUAUUUUGGGAAAGGAAUAUGCAACGAUGGCGUUGAUGUGGUGAUUAGAAUUGGUGGUCUUUUUGGAGAAAACUUCAUCAUGAAACAUAUUCUUCCGCUAUUACGAAACUUCAUUCUUUCUUGCAUCUAUAAUUCACAUGCGAAUAAGCCUGAACCUGUGCAGAGCUGGGGUUCUUUGGCAUUAAUAGAUUGUCUGGCAACAUUAGAUGGCCUUGUUCCAGUGUUGCCGAAGGACAUGAUUGUCAAGGAGCUGAUUGAAGAAGGAAAUUGCCUAUAUGUCAAGAUUCUCAUGAACAAGGAUGCAGAAAAUCGGGUGCUUCAGGGUGCUGCUAAGAGUCUUAUCAGGGUUUGUCUGCAGAUUGGGCCAGAUCUAACAGCAUUGCAUGUCCUUCCAAAACUAAAGGAAUUAUUUGACGAGCUUGCUUUUUCACAGGGAAAAGAUAACCAUUCUAUUCAAUUCAGAGGAAGCCUAAAGGGACCUAGAAUGAAAGUGGACGAGGAAGAAUGUAUUGAAAGCCGCAUGGACCUUGUGUUACUUCUGUAUCCAACAUUUGCUUCUCUACUUGGAAUAGAGACACUUCGCCAGUGUUGUGCCACAUGGUUACUUCUUGAGAAAUUCCUUUUAAGGAAUCACAAUUGGAAGUGGGAGCAUGCAGGGGAGCCAUCUAAAAGUAGUUCGGAGAAUGUAAAUGGUAGAAGACCCACUUUCAACAAGGGCCUAUCUACCAACAACACACCUGCUAAACUCUUGCUCAAUGGGGUUGGAUGGUCAACAUCACAAUCACAAGGAAAAAGAGGCUCUAAAAACUUCCUACAGAAUAAACAUUUGUCUGCACACCAUCAAAAUCUGUCUGUAAACCAUCAAAAUCUAACUGAGAGCAGUAUCACAAGCUCAAAUUCAGGAAUUCAGGAACCUUGGUAUUGGUUCCCUAGUCCAGCAGCUAGUUGGAAUGAACUCGACUUCACUGGCCGUGCUGGUGGCCCAAAGGAUGAACUUCCAUGGAAGAUAAGAGCAUCUAUCAUACAAUCUAUACGUGCUCAUCAUGGAGCUCUGAGAUCUUUUGCUGUUUGCCAAGACGAGUGUACAGUUUUCACUGCAGGAAUUGGACCAGGAUUUAAAGGAACCAUUCAGAAGUGGGAGCUGUCAAGAGUUGACUGUGUCUCUGGCUAUAAUGGCCAUGAAGAGGUUGUGAACGACAUUUGUGUUUUAUCAUCCUCUGGAAGGGUAGCUUCUUGUGAUGGAACAAUACAUAUAUGGAAUGGACAAACGGGGAAACUAGUUUCUGUUUUUACUGAGAGCUCUUUAGCCUCCACAACAAUGAUAGAUAGAGAUGAAAAUAUGCUUCACUUUAAUCCAUUAUCGAGUGGUAUGUUGAGUACUGCAUUCCAUGGGAGUUCGUACACUACUAUGCAUCACUUGGAAUUUGUUGAUAGACUGGUUGUGGGCACUGGAAAUGGAUCUCUUAGGUUUAUUGAUGUCAACCAAGGUCAGAAACUUCAUCUAUGGAGGACUGAAUCUAUGGAUUCCAAUUUCCCUUCUCUGAUAUCAUCAAUUUGCUCAUGUGGUUCUGCCAAAUUGCACCCUGAUGAAAGUGUUUCCUCCCCAUCGUGGAUUGCAGCUGCAUCAAGUACUGGUUAUUGCAGGCUCUUUGACAUGAGAAGUGGAAAAAUCAUUUCCUAUUGGCAGGCUCAUGAUGGAUAUGUGACGAAGUUAGCUGCAGUAGCAGACCAUCUACUUGUUUCCAGCUCCCUAGACAAAACUUUACGAGUUUGGGAUUUGAGAAGGAAUUGGGCAUCAGAACCCUUACUUUUCAGAGGUUAUAAUGACGGCAUUUCUGGUUUCUCAGUUUGGGGACAAGAUGUUAUUUCAAUAUGCAGGAACAAAAUUGGGCUUUCAUCAUUAGCUACUAGCUCUGCAGAUGAGGAUGGGCAGUAUAGUGUCACUCCUGAGCAUCUCUAUAUGGCAGAUAGGGAAUCAAAAAACAUGUCUAUGUUAUCAGCUAUUAGCAUACUACCUUCUUCUCGGUUGUUUCUUGUUGGGUUUAGCGUGCCCAACUGUGGAGAUCUGAAAUUGAACAUAGAUGCUGCUGUCUGCAUAGGGAUGGACCAUACUGGGGUUGGCGGGAUAAUUCAGGAGCAUAAUGGAUUGGCUGUGGCAGCAUGGUCGAGAGCUGUUGCUGGCAGUUUUUCAACAGCGGAUGCGGAGACCAUUGCUUUCAGGGAAGACUCAAUUCUGGCCUAA